AUGACAGAAAGGCCUCUAUCGAUCACAACGCAGAUCGCGACUCCUCUCCAGGCCGCUUUCAAUUCGAUUUCUGCGAAUGAUGCGCUUCCGGUCAUCGAGUCCGCAGACGAAGAACCUUACACCAUCAAGUGUAUCUGCGACUUCUCGGACGACGAUGGGAACACAAUUUAUUGCGAGACGUGCGAUACGUGGCAGCAUAUCGAGUGUUUCUAUCCUGGCCGGGUGGAUGAUGCUUCCAGAGAAGAGUUCGAUCAUUCCUGCGCUGACUGCAAACCACGAUCUCUAGACCGGCGCCUUGCGACCGAACGACAGCGGCACCAGAGGCAGAACAAAGCAAUCAACGACACAGGCGACAAGAAAACUAAGCGGCCACCUUCGAAGAGCCACAAGAAAAAGUCGAAGCCAUCCGACCUUCAAGUAAAUGGCUACCACGAUCACGACGGUCAUAAAGGUGGCAGCCCUCAAGAACACCACCCGCAUACGAAGAAGGCAAAGGGCCACCGAUCGAACCAGUCUGUCAGCUCGCAAUUAAAACGAAGCCCGCCGUUCAAUGCCCGUCCGCAUAACCACGCACACCCACCCAGUCCUGCCCAUACACCGCCGGAUCUACCAAUCAAUUUCCAAAUCCACACCUACUCCGAGAUCUUCCUGACCCUCUACGAUCAAGACCACCCGAGUCGACUUUCAUCGUCAAAUUCCUUCGCAAGCUUGCUCGUCACCAAUGCAUUAGCGCUUUGGCUACAGGAUCCAGGUAAGCUUCAAGGAGACGUAGGUGUGGACAAGGAAGACGUAUUUCAAUAUCUCAAAGUCCCUACGGAUCAGUUGAAGUGGCCCGAGCUACGAGUUGAACGCAAGGAAAAUACGAACAAUGACAGAACGCUUCGAUGGCGACAGUUGAUCACUCCUACCAAUCUGCCUCAAGCCGGUCGUAUUGGGGAGCUCAAUGGCCUGAUCGGGUUCCAGAAGGAUUACUGCGAUGCCACCGAGAAUUGUUGGAAAGCAUCUGCUCACCCUCGUCCUUUCGUUUUCUUUCACCCUCGACUUCCGCUAUUUAUCGACACCAGACAAGAGGGCUCCAUUUGCCGCUACGUGCGACGUAGCUGCCGUCCGAACACAAACUUGGAGACAUUCAUCGCUCUUGGAAAUGAGUACCACUUCUGGUUGACCAGCGAACGACCACUAGCUGCCAACGAACAAAUCACGAUUCCAUGGGACUUUCGAUUUCCAGGUCAAUAUCGAUCCAGAUUCCUACACCUGCUGCAUCUGAGUGAUGAUGACGGUGCGCCGUUUGAUGGGGCGGGCAUCAACGAUGAAGAAUACGAACAACUCACUUCAACGAUUGAGAUGGUUCUCUCUGACCAUGGCGGCUGCGCAUGUGAUCUCGGCAAUGACUGCGCGUUUGCACGGUUCCAUCGAAGCUACCACGGAAGAUCGCAUACUCAAUCGAACGGAGUGAGGUCAAAAAAGGGUCGCAAGCCCAAGCAGAACCAUGUUUCUCCCACGAGUACGGGCCAUGCGACCAACAGCCGAGCUGCCAGCGAAGGACAGCAAGAACAAUAUGACGAUGAUGAUGGCAGAUCCGUGUCGGAUUCUGCGCGGAGCAAGCCUCACAGUCGGGAUCUAACGCCUUCCCAAGGAGCUGGCGAAACGAAUGGCAUUCUCACGGAGCCUUCAGAUCGGGAGAAGAGAAAGUUGGCAAUGCUUGAAGAGUCGUUCCGAAAGAUGGACCAGGGCCAACCGCCACGCAAGAAGAAACGACCAUCCGAUAGUUCGACGGCGAAUGUACCGGUGAACACUCCACAGCCGACCCCGAAACCAAGACAACGGUCUGUUGCUCCCCGCAUGUCGAUCUCGCAGCCCACACCGUCAAAUUCGAAUGGCAAUCGAUCACGGCAGUAUGUGGAUGCGAGCACGUUGAGACGGCAGUCUGGAUCACCCUUCAGCGCACUAUCGCCGACUGCAGCAUUGCCUUCUCCUGACAAUCAAGCAUCCCGCAACGGAUCAGCGACAAUUCGAUCUAGGCAAACAUCUGUGGCGCCGAAGAGCAUUUACACUGACGCCGCAACACAGACGGAAGAGGUUGAGAAUGCGUGGUGGAACGAUCCCAAACCAAAACAAAGACGUUCGAUGGUGCCUUUGUCGAAGCGGCUCCUCAAGAAUCGGCAUAAGCUACAAGCUCAAUCAGAGGCACAGACAUGCCAGCAAACACUUGUAUCAAAUGACGGGGAAGAACAGAAUGUGCGAGCAUCUCCGACGGCCUCGAUGGACUUGGAUGCAUCGACCCACGAAGACCGGUAUCAUAUGGAAUCCCCAACGGAUGCAAAGGCUCGCAAUUCAAGUAUUUCAUCCUCGACACCGUCAGUAGACGUCCCACCUACCUCCGUUGACACGGCCAUGAUCGAUGCUCCUGCUAUCGCUGUAAGUACCACGAUAAAGCCACCUCCGCCACCUUGGCCUGGCCAACUAAAUACUGCACUUGUUGGUUCACAACCUCCCUCUGGUCAGAAAUCGCCAGGUUUGCGAGUACAGAUGCCUCCAGCACCCAUUUUUUCCACUCCGAACAUGUCUGGACCCAUGUCCGGCCCCGCAACCCCAUCCUCUGCAUCUGGAUCCCUUGCACAGUCACCACUUGGGACCGUGCAUCCUACAGCCGUGUUCGCAUUGCCCAUGGUCAAUGGUGCUAGUCAACAUCCGAGCCCCGUCAAAACGACCAAGAAGCUGAGCUUAAGCGAUUACAAAGCUGCGCGG